AAACUAGCAAUGAGUAAUUUCUUUGCGAAGUUCAUUGUGGUGACGUCAUUUUUCUCCCACUGACAUUUGGUCAAUUAUUAGAGGUUGUCAGCAGAGUAAAUAAUACGCAUAGGGUAAUAAAGUCUCCAUUAAGUUCUGGCGAAACUUUCUAAUCUCAACUAGCAGUCCUUCAUUUCUAUUUUGUUGUGCAUAAUCAGCUGGCAAUUUACAGCAGCUACAAGGGUCAACAUUCCAUCAUACAUACCAUUAUUCUUUGGAGGUUAUUUGUGAAUCAAUCACAACGGGGGCCGAACAAUCAGCUAUGUCCGUCUCUCAGAUGGAAAAGAAUUUAUUUAAUCUCAAGUUUGCAGUGAAGGAUUUGGAAAGAAAUUCUAAAAAAUGCGAAAAAGAAGAAAAGAUGGAGAAGGCCAAGGUCAAAAAGGCUAUUCAGAAAGGUAACAUGGAAGGAGCCCGAAUCCAUGCUGAAAAUGCCAUUAGACAAAAAAAUCAAGCCUUGAAUUAUCUUAGAAUGAGUGCUCGAGUUGACGCAGUCGCAAGCAGAGUACAAACUGCCCUGACAACAAGAAAAGUUACACAAUCAAUGGCUGGUGUAGUUAAGGCGAUGGACGCCGCUAUGAAGUCGAUGAAUCUUGAGAAAAUUUCAGGCCUAAUGGACAAAUUUGAGAGCCAGUUUGAAGAUCUGGAUGUUCAGAGCUCCUACAUGGAGAAUGCCAUGUCACAGACAACAACUACCAAUGUACCACAAAAUGACGUCGACUCUUUGAUGCAGCAAGUUGCCGACGAAGCGGGUCUUGAAUUGAACAUGGAACUACCUUCCGGACAGUUGGGUUCCAUUGGUACUUCGACAGCAGUGAGCCAAGAGCAAGAUGAGCUGACCCAACGACUCGCUCGGCUUCGAGAGUAACUAUCUGAUGUAUAUAAAUUCCAAUUUUAAUGCUAUCCAACAAUAUUGAUAACUAUUGAGGCAAAUUGUUAUCAUCAAUCGGUUGCACCUAUUAGCUUGAGUAUGAUGCAGUCCGACUUUGCAUCGAAUGAUUCUUUCAAAAAAAAAAAGCCGGUCAAAGAACGGAUCUUUGACGGCAAGCAAAUGAAAUUUUUCCUUUUGUACAUCAAAAAAUACUUGAAUCUGCAAAGAUGGCUUUAUGCAUACAUGAAACAAGAAAUGACUAUUUCAUACUGUUGUUUAUAAAUUUUUAUUAUGUUAUAUUUUAAUAAGCCACGUGAAUAUAUGACUACAGAGAAUUCUUUGUAAUAAUCAUGGAGAUUACACAAAGAGACUGAACUUCAUGUAAACAAAUACAUCCCUAAAAUAAGAUAGUACUGGUGUACUGUGUGCACCAAAAACAGUGGAGGCGGUAUAAGACGGUAAUUUAAAUUGAAAACUUUAUACCAAUUACAUUGCAAAAUCAUAGAUUGAUCGAUGUUCGGAAUCCUUGCAAUCAAUGACACUUUGGUGCCAAAGGAAAACUAGCAACGAUAGUGGUACAAAAAACGAACUUAAUGUGUAUGAUUACUGUGACAAGUUUUGUCAAUGCUCGCAUUUAAGUUCGGUCUCCUUGUGUAGUGUCCAUGGUAGUAAUUAUGAUCAACUUAACCAGAGGUCACAUAGUAUUAGAUUACUCCCUUGAAAGGAUGCUGCAGUCUUUUAUUUGUUUGGAAUAUUAUCAAAGCCUUCUCAACAGUAAUGCCGAAAAAUGUAUUCUUGUUAUUGAAUUAUCACUUAUUAUAUGAAUACAUUUCCUGGCCCUCCUUUCUUAUGAAACCAAACAGUAUUUUAAAUAUUUUUGCUCUGCAUUGCAUGUAAAAUUGCGCUUACUGCGACAUUUUCACAUCAGUACUACAUGUAGGCUUUGAUAAUAUUAAAAAAAGAGCAACUUUUUACUCAGUCGGUAAAGACUUACUACAUUAUUAUCUUAAGCCAGCCAGCUAUUGCACAAUUUUUAAUGGUUCUACAAAAUUCCCAACUUUAUUUUCUUGGUAUGCAAUAUCAAAAUCAAAAAUCAAGCUGCGUUUUGAAAUAUUUUGCUAGUAUUGGGAAUUAUUUGUGAAGGCAGACAGUCAAAAACCUACAUAACUGAUAUAAAGGUGGUUCAAUUAUGACUUGGACUGACAAGCAGAGCAUUUUUUUGUAACUAUUGCGAGUCGUAAAAAGUCUACCACAGGGUACUCUGAAGCUGCUCGGAACUGGUCUGAAAGCUAGAAUCAAAUGUGCUUGAAGAAGUGAAACUAACCUGUAACUAUACUUUAAUGAUAACAAUGCACUGCAUAAUGUUACGUGGUUUUAAUUAAUGAUCAAAUACAAUGUUGAUAGUUGAA